AAUGCAUUACAAUAAUCACAACAGCAAGACCUCUGACACAGAAAGUGAGGUAUAAAAAUGGAAAGAACGAGCUUUGAAAUUAGAAAGUGGAUUUAAAGUAAAAAUGUAUAAAUAAAUAGGAAUUAUAAUAAAUGAUGGAAGAAACAGAUGAUAUGAGGAAUACUUUAGAGAAAAAAAUAAUGGAAAACUAAUAAUUAUCAAUUGAGAAUAGUAGAUUAAAAGAUAGAUUGUUAAAUAUUGAUAUUCCUGAUAAAGUGUUUUCUAACAAAUUAUUUGAUGAUCAUGACAUAAAAGAAAAAGAAUUAAUAAUAUAGAAAUUGGAAUAGGAAAUAAUCGAUAAGGAUAAUCAAAUUCUCAAAUUUAAAAGAGAAAUUGAAUCGAUUAAUGUAUCUGAAAUUUGAAUAUUUAGAGAAGAUCUAAGUUAAAAGAAGAGGAAUUACAUAGAUAAUAUUAGGCUAAGUUAGAAGAUUUAUAAAUACUAUAUAAAAAUGAUGCAAGUGAUAACUAAUAAGAGAAAUUUUAAUUGACAAAGAAAAUGGCUGAUAUGGAAUAGGUAGGUUAAUUUUUCAUUAUUUUUAGAUUUUAACAUACAGAACAGAAGAAAAUUAAUUAUUGAUUAAUGAAUUAAAUUUAAAGAAUGAAUAAAUAGUAGAAUUGAAUAAUCAUAAUAAAUUACUUGUAGAACUAAAAAAUAAAGAAUUUAAAGAUACAUCAAUAUAAUAUUAAAUAUCAACUUAAUAAUAGAUAAAAUAAAUGGAAGAAGCUAUUGCUUAAUAUAAAAGAAGUUAAGAGUCAAAUUUAAGUGAAAUUGAGCAAUUAUUAUAAUUUAAACAAUAAAUGACACUUAAAAUAAAUGAUGUAUAAUUUUUAUAUAUAUUCUUAUUAGCUUUCAUCAACUAAUUAACAUUUAAUAAUUGAGAAUGAGAGUUUGAAAUCGACUCUUUUAUUAUUUUAGAAACAAAAGGACUAAGAUGAUUAUAUGUAUGAAGAUUAAAAAAAAAAAGAAUCAUUACAUAUAAAGAGAUAUUAUGAAACAUUAUUAGAAUAAGUAGAAAAGGAAAAUAGAAGUUUGAGAUUACUAUUAGAAUAAAAAAGUAGAGAAUUAGAUGAUAUGUGGAAUUAAAAUAAAAGAUUUUGA